GAGGGGACGGGACCGACUCUUCCUAUCUCAAAAGUUUGCCGACUCCUGCCUCCGAGGAUUCCAUGAAAUACUAGACUGUCAUCCUACAGUUUGAGCAUCGAGAUGGGGGACACCAGCGCAGACGCCAGCACCACAGUGUCUGAGGCGGUGACUGAAGAUGUCUCUCUCUUCAGCAUGACAGACAUGAUUCUCUUUACCCUCAUUGUGGGUCUCCUCACCUACUGGUUCCUGUUCAGAAAGAAAAAGGAUGAAAUCCCCGAGUUCACCAAGAUCCAAACAAUGACUUCCUCGGUCAAAGACAGCAGCUUUGUGGAAAAGAUGAAGAAGACGGGGAGGAACAUUGUCAUAUUCUAUGGCUCCCAGACGGGGACUGCUGAGGAAUUCGCCAACCGCUUAUCCAAGGAUGCCCACCGCUAUGGGAUGCGGGGCUUGGCAGCAGACCCCGAAGAAUACGACCUGGCUGACCUGAGCAGCCUGGCUGACAUAGAGAACUCCCUGGCGGUGUUCUGCAUGGCCACCUACGGCGAGGGGGACCCCACCGACAAUGCCCAGGACUUCUACGACUGGCUGCAAGAGACCGACACGGAUCUCUCUGGGGUCAAGUUUGCGGUCUUUGGCCUCGGGAACAAGACCUAUGAGCACUUCAACGCCAUGGGCAAGUACGUGGACAAGCGGCUGGAGCAGCUGGGAGCCCAGCGCAUCUUCGAGCUGGGGAUGGGCGACGAUGACGGGAACUUGGAGGAGGACUUCAUCACGUGGCGUGAGCAGUUCUGGCCGGCUGUGUGUGAGCACUUUGGGGUGGAGGCCACAGGAGAGGAGUCCAGCAUUCGCCAGUAUGAGCUGGUGGUCCACUCGGACAUGGACAUGGCCAAGGUGUACACGGGAGAGAUGGGCCGCCUGAAGAGCUACGAGAACCAAAAACCGCCCUUCGAUGCCAAGAACCCUUUCCUGGCUGGAGUCACCACCAACCGGAAACUGAACCAGGGGAUGGAGCGGCACCUCAUGCACCUGGAACUAGACAUCUCCGAUUCCAAAAUCAGGUACGAGUCUGGGGACCACGUUGCCGUUUACCCGGCCAACGACUCCAGCAUUGUAAAACAGCUGGGUGAGACCCUGGGCGCCGACCUGGACGUCAUCAUGUCCCUCAAAAACCUUGAUGAGGAUUCCAACAAGAAGCACCCCUUCCCCUGCCCCACCUCCUACCGCACGGCCCUCACCUACUACCUGGACAUCACCAACCCGCCCCGGACCAACGUGCUCUACGAGCUGGCACAGUACGCCUCGGAGCCCAGCGAGCAGGAGCACCUGCGCAAGAUGGCCUCCUCCUCGGGCGAGGGCAAGGAGCUGUACCUGAGCUGGGUGGUGGAGGCCCGCAGGAACAUCCUGGCCAUCCUGCAGGACUACCCGUCCCUGCGGCCGCCCAUCGACCACCUGUGCGAGCUGCUGCCGCGGCUGCAGGCCCGCUACUACUCCAUUGCCUCGUCUUCCAAGGUCCACCCCAACUCCGUUCACAUCUGUGCCGUGGUCGUGGAGUACGAGACCAAGUCCGGCCGCAUCAACAAGGGCGUGGCCACCAGCUGGCUGCGGGCCAAGGAGCCUGCUGGCGAGAACGGCCACCGGGCCCUGGUGCCCAUGUUCGUGCGCAAGUCUCAGUUCCGCCUGCCCUUCAAGGCCACCACGCCCGUCAUCAUGGUGGGGCCUGGCACCGGCGUCGCCCCCUUCAUCGGCUUUAUCCAGGAGCGGGCUUGGCUGCGGCAGCAGGGUAAGGAGGUCGGGGAGACCUUGCUGUACUAUGGCUGCCGCCGGUCUGAUGAAGACUACCUGUACCGCGAGGAGCUGGCACAUUUCCACAAGGAGGGCACCCUCACGCAGCUCAACGUGGCCUUCUCCCGAGAGCAGGCCCACAAGGUCUAUGUGCAGCACUUACUGAAGCGUGACCAGGAGCACCUGUGGAAGCUGAUCCACGAGGCUGGCGCCCACAUCUACGUCUGCGGGGAUGCUCGGAAUAUGGCGAGGGAUGUGCAGAACACCUUCUAUGACCUGGUGGCUGAGCUGGGCGGCAUGGAGCACGCACAGGCCGUGGACUACAUCAAGAAACUGAUGACCAAGGGCCGCUACUCCCUGGACGUGUGGAGCUAGGGGCCGCCCCACCCGCCCAUCCUGUAAUCACUUCCCUGUAAUCACUCUCUUCACGCCCCUUUCCCAGGCUCCGGGGGUGCUUCCAAGUCCAUAGUUCCUCCUCAGCCCCCAGGCUGGGCCAGCCCGCUGUCACCAGGCGGGUGGCCCGGGCUCAAGACUUGGUGUGACAACUCUGUGCCCCCCUCCGGCCCACCGCCUCACCUGCGGCCAAAGGCACCCUGAUUCCAGCUGAACUGGGGCCUGGCCCCUCGUGUGAUUUUCAAUGAGUGUAAAUAAUUUUAAAUAAUCUCUGACCCUUGGAAUAAAUUUUUUUGUUUUCUGUA